GAUGUCUGGAUAGAAGAAAUCUCUCACUGGCAUUUAAGGAAUGCUAGGAGAAAAUAGAGGUCAAGAGGUAGCUGACAGUCAUCUCCUACUAAAUACCCUUUUCUCUCCUGCGGUAGCCAUUCUGUGAGGACAUCAUGUUUUCAGAGAUGAAUGGUUUCCAGGUGCCACCAAGAUGAGAAGGAAGAACUGAGCAACCACCAUGGGGGAGACGCAUGCUGGGCUUCCCAGUCCAAUUCAGAUGUUGCACAAGGGUAUUUUCUUCUUUAUUGGCUCCAAGUUCAGUACUUGGGAGUGAGCCCCAGACGCUGUGGGACAGGAGAGUGUGCAAUCCUAGCUUACUCGCUGCUGCGUACAAAGGCAAUAGUGAAGCCACUAGCAGGAUUAAUUUGGUGGAAAGGACCAGCACAGACACCUUUGAAGUAACUGCUAACCCAUGCAACCACGGAAACUUUUGCAAAGCCUCCUUGGAGACUGAGGGCAGACGGCUGAGUAAAUACUCUGGGGGUCAUGUCAGUUUGCCCAGAUCUUCACCAGCACUAUGUGCAGGUCUGCCAAAAUUUGGGCCAACCUGAAAACCCUUUCAUUGCUCAUGUGCUUCAAGAAGCUGAUAAAAAUGAUGAAAUCAUAUGGACAAAAGGGUUCACAUUAAAAAUAGCUGGAAAUAGUCAUCUAGUGCCUGUGCAGAGAGUUACAGAUGACAGUCUUCAAGUUCUUGUCUCUGUCUUACGUACGGCUGCAUUUGUCACAGGUUUGGAUCUUAGGUAUAAUGUAUUGACUGAUGCUGGAGCAAAGACCAUGGCAACAUUCCUCCAGGAAAGCUCCUCUCUGAGGUACCUGAACCUGAUGUUUAAUAAUAUUGGCACAAGUGGAGCAGAACUGAUAGCAAAAGCGCUCCAUGGGAAUAAAACUCUUCUGCAUAUGAGAAUGACUGGGAACAAAAUAGGAGACAAAGGUGGGAUGUUCUUUGCUUCAAUGCUACAAAUUAAUUCAACCUUGGAGAAGUUGGAUCUUGGAGACUGUGAUAUAGGUGUGCAAUGUCUAAUAGCAACAGCAGCAGCCCUGAAUCAGAACAAAUCAGUCAAAGCAAUAAACCUAAAUCGUCCUUUACUGUUCAGCCAAGAGGAAGAGACCACACUUCAUCUAGCUCUGAUGUUGAAAAAUAACUCUUCUCUUGUGGAGCUACACUUGUGCAAGCAUGAAAUGAAAAACUUUGGUGUGGAGAGACUGUGUGAGGCUUUGUAUGAAAACUCCAGCGUGAGAUACCUUAAUCUUGCCUGUAAUAAAAUAACCAGUGACGGUGUAAAAUUUCUGGGAAAACUACUAAAAUGGAACCAGACCCUGCAAAUCCUAGAUCUUAAUGCAAACCAAAUAGAAGAUGAUGGAGCCGUCUACCUGAGUGAGGCCUUGGCUUUGUACAACAGGACUCUUCAGGCGUUGUCAGUAGUAAGCAACAAUAUAAGUGGCAAAGGACUUGUAGCUCUUUCAGAGGCAAUGAAAACAAACACAGAACUUUCCUGUAUUUACAUCUGGGGGAACAAAUUUGAUGAAGCCACCUGUAUGGCACUUUCAGAAUUAAUUCAGAUGGGCCGCCUGAAACUUAACUGCACAGACGUGGAGCCUUAUGAAGUGGAUGGGCACAUUUACCUUGCAGAGCUCUCCCAUGGCCUGCAGAAGCAUUACUACUGGACACCAAGUUAUUGGGCAGUGACAAAAAAGGAUGCUAAUGCCAGUCUGGCAAUUGCAGCUGUUUCAGAAUACUUGUGAGUGAGGUAGCAGCUUGAAGCAUUCGGUAUGCUUGAGCUUUUCCUGUCUGGUUUCUAGAAAACAAGAUUGUAUC